AUGGCAACGAUCGAAGAACUAACAGGGCUAAUAGCCGGUCUUUCAAGUGUUGUAAAAGGGCUGACAACAAAUGUCGCAGAAAUAUCAACGCAAGUGGGUCAACUCACAAAUGCAGGAAUUUCAGGAAAUGACACUCAAGCUACAUCGAAUCUCAAGUUACCGACGUUACAACUACCAGAGUUCAGGCGAGACAAGUUAGUUCAGGAUGAUGUCAACGAUUCUAUCGAAAGAUUUGGCGAGCAAACAAAUCAUUUAUCGCAUAACUUACGAUUAACACUUCUCGAACAGCAAUGCGUAGGCAAAUAGACGCGUUCAGUUCUGUCUAUUUGUCGUUUUAGCGAGGGAUUUUCUGAAAAAUCAGCCGCUGAGCAAUAUGGUCUCUGUACAAGCCGGUUACGAGAGGAAUUUGAGGAACCAAAACAGGACAAAUGUCGUCGACUAGCAAGCAAACUUAGUGUUAUGAAACAAGAACCAACGGAAACAAUCGAACAGUUUGCCUUUCGUUUGAAAAAUGUUCUUCAUCAACUCGACAAACUCGGUGAGUCAUUAACUAAGCUUUGUCCAACUUACAGUAUUGCUCAAUUCAUAUCUCGUGUACAUCCCCAAAUUUCCCAACACCUUAUUGUCAAAGCCGAAGAGUUCAAACAGUUAGACGAAACUAUCGAGGCUGUCCGUCGUAUCGAACAGUCUUUGAAGAUGCAUGAAGUAAAAGAGUCUAACACAGACAACAAUUUAUCAAGUUCACUGAGUGAUUGGAAACCCCUUGGGGCACUUUCUACCCAGCCCGCUAAGGGGGGAAUUCGAAAUGUUCCAGAAAAAAACCCUGUUAAAGCAUGCUAUCAGUGUGGUGACCCUUCCCAUCUUCAACGAAGUUGUCCCUUGAAUAAACCUGUCCAGCAACGCCCACAACUUCCUCCUCCAAAACUGAAAAUCUGUAGGAAAUAUAACCGUUUUCUUACAUCUCAUUGCGAACAGUCAAACAAUAAAUAUUCAGCUGGUCGAUUGCACAAAUGUCUUGAAUGCAACAAGUGA